CCUCCCUCUGACUCUCUCCUCCCUUGUGCAGUCCCAGCUAUGCGAGGAGUGAGUUCUGCAUCAAAGAAACUUUCUCCGCGGCCAGGCUGAUCUGCAUUACACUACUACCACCAAUCCUCUUUCCUUUGUCCAGCUGCAGGCAAUCAUGUCUGUCCACCUCGCGCCUGAUCGCAUCAGCAUCAAACGCAGGAGGGAAGAGGAGCCUGUCGACACCCUGUACCUCGAACAUGCAACUGCACCAGAUCAGAAGAAACGCAUCACAGAAUUUUACUUCAAGCGAGUUCGAGACUACGUUAUCGCCCCAGUCUCUCAACAGCCACAACCCAGCCAUGCUCCGCCUGUAGCCUCAUCAUCCUCGGGCAUUCCAACAGUCCGGUGGACUUCUCCAGGAGAUGAUGUUCGUGACAUGGCCAGACUCAAAGCCAGCAUGAAAGAAAGAGCAGCCUUGCCAGAGAACGGAGAUGGCGGAAAAAGACCCGUAGCUGGCUCGUCUGCACCUUCUGGAUCCAUGACCUCUGCUAAGGUAGUCUCACCGCCACCCGCCGAGCAAGCUGCCCAGCACAGACGGUUUCACCUUGCCCGUCAUCUGUUCUCAACUUCGAGUGCUCUUCAUUCAGCGGCUCCUCGUACACAGAAUUCAUCCAUACGCCCUCCGAUUGCUACCUUCAUCGAAAGACAAAUUCCGAAUUCUGUUUCUGGCACCAAUGGUACCGCUGUUGAUAGAGUUGUGCAUGUGCCCCAAGAAGACCCCCAAGUAUCCAGUCCGCUGGAGUCUCAACCGCCUGAUCUCAAUACUCUACAAGUCUCUAAAAGAUCGGCACUCAACACCUUUGUGACGGCAAGGAAACCGUCAGAACGAACUGGCACCUCGAUUAGAGACAAUCCAAAUACUUGGGAUCACGAUUCGGAUCAACUUGCGAAUGAGCUAGCCGCAUUGGCGAUGGAGCUGGAUCCUGAGAUGGCUGCACUGCAGCCUCCGAUGCCAGCCAUCAAAUCCGAGUCAGAAACUACCAAUUCCAGGGACCAUAAUCGAAUGGACCUGGAUGGAGAUGAUGACUAUGUGUUUGAAACAUACAUCAGGGUGCUUCAAACCGAGGAUGGCAUUGCGAUGGAUUUGCCUGACCUGGCAGAGGCGAAUUUCGGAGUCUUGGUCAUUGACCAGGAAGACGAAGAGUUGUGGAACAAAUACGUGGACAGCGACCAGGAAGACGACUGGGACGAGGAGGACUCCAAUGCUGAGGAUAACCCUUCAAACGAUUACCCCGAGGAUGAAGUCAGUUCUGACGAUGAGUAUGGGUACAAUCCAUAUCACAAAUACCGGGAUCAUGCAUCAGACGACGACUAUGACGACAAUGCCACCGGGACAUGGUGAUCCCCUGGUAAUGAACACGCGAGACCACCUGUAAUGGGUCCAACACAAAACCAGAACGGAAACUUUGUGAAUCGACAUGCCCACCCAUAUGCACAAGAGGCCAAGCAGGAGUCUCAGUCAGCAGCAAAUUCUGCGACCUGGUCAGAGACUGUGAGAUGGGUGAGAGUAUUUUUGGGCCCGGUUUUUUGUUUUGAAACAACGGAAAGCUAGUCAAGAUGCCUUGCAUCCAUCCAGCAAAACCACAGCUUUGUUGUCGCUUCCAUACCGAAUUUACGAGCGGGGUCCUUUCUUCCCUCGCGGAGCUGCCAACGCUUUUGGUCGCGUACCUUGACGACACCGUACCGAUCCAGGAUGCGGUAGUAUUUACACUGCAGACCGCCAGUCUUGCGUGUGUAGCCGAAAUACCUUUGGUAUGCCCUUUCAACCUUGCUCCAGGGGAGACACUUGUCAUCACGAUGCCACCAGAUGAAGAGGGCUUGCUCGUUGGUGUAACCCUGUCUGGGAGGAUGGCGUUUUUUCCCCGUUGAGGAUGAUGAUCUUUCGGAGCAAGUUGAUGCAGUCGACAGACAUGGCGACAAGGGGGGUGACUGGACCGAACCAGAUCGUGAGGGCUCGGUGUUGCAUCUUCGAAUCGGCAGCAUGCCAGCUUCUUGGGGUCCACCAUCAAUCUCGUUGUCAUUGAGAAUGAGGCUGAUGCUCAUCUUGGCGGCGACUACGUCAACACGUUGAGGGUCGCGUUCCUGCCGAGACUGUUGGGGGCAAUUGUACAGCGAGUCCAUUUUGACAGAAUGGGCAGUUGAAUCAGGGGCAAUGAGGGUCAUUGAGGAUCAAAUAAAGCGAGUGAGUGAGGACGUGAAGAUUGGACAUUCAAGUCAUGGCACAGCCCCGUAGGAGGAUGGGUCAAGGAACGAGACAAGAGAUGGCAUGCCAUGAUGUGUAAGCUGUGGAUGGUUAAAUAUGUCGAACCUGGACCCGACAGAGUGGUUCAUCCAUCGUAUUUGGAAGAAGAUUGUACAGCAGUCCUUAUAUGAGGAGCAAUUUGGAGCAAAGGGAUGAUUGGAUUCAUAGAGAAGAUCCUGGCUCACGAAGCAGGAUGGAUGGUGAAUGGAGUGUUGACACCAGCAUGCUGGCCUUUGCACAUCCGAAGAAUCGGAUGUGGCGGGGAAUACGGAGACGAAAAUUAAGAGCGGACGAAUACCCUGCACAGCAUCCAUUUUUGACACAUCACUUUACAGGAGAGUUGAGGGAGGAAGUCUUAAACAUGAGAUCCCUGCAGCGUCUUUGACAACGGCUGCGUGGAGAAGACAUCAUACACAUCCAUAGCGUGGGACAGUUGCUCCAGAGGUAGGGAUGAUUUGGUACCGUACAGCCAGGAUCUAGAUCCCUACACGCGCAUACGGAUAGGAC